GAAAGUGGUUUUCUCCCAUAUUCACCUAACCCUAUUCCAUUUCCCUUUUGCCUUAUAAAUACCCUUGCAACUCAACUCUCAUACAUAUAAUUCAAUCCCAUAUAUACUUGCAUUACCAAUUUGCCACCUUCUACUUACCAUCUUCCUCAAUCUUUAGUACUAUAUAUAAUUUCCGCUUGUUUAAUUACUACAUAUAUAAAUAUAGCCACUUCAUGUUUGUAAAAAUGAAGGUAGUUUUUGCAGCAUUGCUUCUUGCCACGCUUGUUCUUACUUCAUCUUUCAUCAACCCCACCCAUGCUGAUUCAGAUUUUUGCGAUUCCAAGUGCAAGGUGAGGUGCUCAAAGGCAGGGAUGAUGGACAGAUGCUUAAAGUACUGUGGACUAUGCUGUGAGGAAUGCAACUGCGUGCCUUCAGGGACCUAUGGGAACAAGGACGAGUGCCCUUGUUACAGGGACAAGAAGAACUCUAAGGGCAACCCUAAAUGCCCUUAAUUCACCCUUAAAACCAUCUUAGCCCUGCCCUUCAAUUCAUCCACGCCGCCUCAUAAAAAAAAAACAUAACAUCGUACCACAACGAAAUAUAAUAUAAUAUCAUCAUAUGUAUUUAUAUUUUGAUUUCAAAGGAUGUGUUGUUGUAAUAUAAUAAUAACAUGGCAGGGCUGAAAUUAUUAAUGUA